UCAUUCAUUUUAGAGAUAGAUAGAUAAAAAUUUAUUUUAGUCUUAGGAUUGGAGUUUAUAUAUCUACAUAUAUAUAUAUCGGUAUAUAUACUUCAGAUAUAACCAAACCCAUUUGUCAAUUUAGUUUUGUAAAAAAAAAGACAUCUUUCCCUUUUGUCAUUUUUUGGUUUUAGGGUUAAGCUUUUUUUUUAAGGUACAUUUGAUAGGUCUUGUCGUACUCAUCCUCAUCGACUAUUGUUAUUGUUAUCAUAUCAUAUCAUUGAUCCAUAGAUAAAGUCAAUUUGUUCAGCUUUACAUUUGCAUUAUAUCAUAUCAUAUAUCACCUUCUAAUUCAUCAAGAUGCUGCAUCCCGUUGAAACUAUAACUUCCAACGCUCCAGUUGAAUUGAAUGAUAAGAAUAAUGAAGAGUUCAUUCCAGGUACUCUUAAUAUCUAUUCCUUUGAAGUCGAUAAAGAUGAAGAACAUCUUCAUGAUAGAGAUCCAAAUUUUCAUAGAAUAAAAACAGUGGGUAAUAUUAUUUUAAUUCCUCAACCAAGUGAUUCACCAAAUGAUCCAUUAAAUUGGUCUCCAUGGAGAAAAGGGUUAUGUUUUGCUAUUAUUGCUUUCAUAACAGGUUUUACUGCUGCUACUUCAAAUGAUGCUGGUGCCGUUCAAGAUUCUUUUAAUGAAAUUUAUGGUAUUUCUUAUGAUGCUAUGAAUACUGGUGCUGGGGUUCUUUUUAUUGGUAUUGGUUGGGGAACAUUUUUCCUCGCUCCUUCUGCAUCUCUUUAUGGUCGUAAAUUUUGUUAUUAUGUUUGUAUUUUCUUAGGGUUAUUAGGAGCUGUUUGGUUUGCUGUUGCUCGUCGUACUUCAGAUACAAUUUGGUCUCAAUUAUUUGUCGGUAUUUCUGAAUCUUGUGCUGAAGCUCAAGUUCAAUUAAGUUUAAGUGAUUUAUAUUUCCAACAUCAAUUAGGUUCCGUUUUAACCGUUUAUAUCUUGGCUACAUCCGUUGGUACCUUUUUAGGUCCAUUAAUUGCUGGUUUUAUUGUUCAAUAUGCUGGUUUCAGAUUUGUAGGUUGGAUUGCUGUUUUCAUCUCCAUUGGUUUAUUAAUUGUCAUUGUUUUCGCUUUAGAAGAAACUGUUUUCGAUAGAACUACUUUUAGAGGUGUUAUUCAAGGUUUUGCUCCAACUGCAGGUGAAGCUAAUUCAGCUCCAAGUUUAACUUAUGAUGAUAAAAAACAAGAUUCUAAAGAAUUAACUAAUGAAGAAAUUUCAUUUGAAGAUGCUCAAAAAGCUGAUGAAAAGUUAACUUUAAAUAAAGCUAUAACUUAUGGAGCUAAUGAUCCACCAAAAUCUUAUUGGAAAUCAAUUCAAUUAAUUACUCCGGCAAAGAAUUUAAAAGGUUGGGGUAUUAAACAAUAUAUUUCUCAAUUAUUAUUAUUAUUUAAAGUUUUCUUAUAUCCUCCUGUGAUUUAUUCUGGUUGUGUUUGGGGUAUUCAAAGUGCUCUUUUAACUUUCUAUUUAACCGUAGAAGAUGAUGAGUGGUAUGAUCCACCCUAUAAUUAUGGUAAUGUUGGUGUUGCUUUAAUGAAUAUUCCUACUUUAAUUGGGGCUGUGAUUGGGUGUUUCUUUGCUGGUAAAUUAUCUGAUUGGUUUUCGAUUUGGAUGGCUAAAAGAAAUAAUGGUAUUCAAGAAGCUGAAUUCCGUCUUUGGUUUUUAUUCCUUCCUGCUUUAAUUGCUCCAGUUGGUCUUAUUUUAUUCGCUUAUGGUACUGAUAAUGAUUGGAGUUGGCCACCAACUUAUGUUGGUCUUGGUUUCAUUGGUUUUGGUUUCGGUUGUUCCGGUGAUGUUUCAAUGUCUUAUCUUAUGGAAUCUUAUCCUGGUAUGGUUAUUGAAAUGAUGUGUGGUGUUUCUGUGAUUAAUAAUAUGAUUGGUUGUGUGUUUACUUUUGCUUGUUCUCCAUGGUUAGCAGCUAUGGGUAAUACUAAUACAUUUAUCAUUUUAGCUGUUAUUCAAUUCCUUAUUAUGAUGGGUGCAGCUCCAAUGAUUUAUUACGGUAAAGGAAUUAGAAGAAGAACUAGAAAUUGGUAUCUUGAAUUCCUUCAAUUACGUGAUGGUCUUUAGAUUAUUUUAGAGUGUUAUAUAUAUUCUUACUUUCUCUUGUACUCUGUCAUUAUAUCCUUCAUUUCGUACUUACUUUAUUUAAUACCUUAUUUCUAAUAU